AUGCGGCGGAGCCCGGGCUGGGGCGUCGCCCUUCAGACUUCGUUUUCUGCAGUUUCUGGACCUCUGAGGCUCUCAAAUAUGUCCAAUAAAAGAUCCUUGUCGUGUCGGGGGCCCCCUGGGGGCCCCUGGGGGUGGGGGCGGCCGGAGUUGCUGCGCGGGCGCGGGUGUGUCUGUGUGCUGCUGCCGCUGCUGCUGCUGCAGCCGCUCGCCGCGGCCGCAGCAGCAGCAGCAGGGCCUGCCGGGGCCCCCGGGGCCCCCCCCGCGAGCCCGCGGGGCCCCCCGCCCCUGAAGCCCGGCGCAGUGUGCAAGUCCACCCUGGACCCCAGCGGAAACCCGCUGGAGGAGGCGCUGGCGAGGGGCCCCCCCCCCCCCGCAGGGGCCCCCCGGGGGGCCCCCCCCAGCCACCCCGCGUUCGCAGUGGCCUCGGACCGGCUGGUGGGGGAGCUGGGGCUGCGGGUGACGCAGUACCUUCACAAGGCCUCGGGACUUGAAGUUUGGAACUUGGAAAGUGAAAAAGAAGAAGAAGAAAUGGCAUUUAACAUUUGCUUCCGAACUCCCGUGUCGGACUCGACGGGCGCUGCGCACGUGCUGGAGCACGCGGUGCUGAACGGCUCGGAGCUGUUCGCGCCCGCUGCAGCAGCAGCAGCAGCAGCAGCGGCGCCGGGCUUCCUGCUGCUGCAGCAGCGCAGCCUCAACUCCUACGCCAACGCCUGGACCUGGCCUGACCGCACCUGCUUCCCCUUCGCCUCCUCCAACUCCAAAGACUUCCAAAACCUCCUCAGCUUUUACCUCAGCUGCGUCUUCAGGCCCCUGGCCCUCGCCCAGCCCCACCACCUGCGCCAGGAGGGCUGGCGCUACGAGGCCGUCCCCCGCAGCAGCAGCAGCAGCAGCAGCAGCAGCGGCAGCAGCAGCGGCGGCGGCGGGGAGGGCGAAGCGGCAGUGGACUGCGAGACGUCUCCGGAGCUUUGCGAGUUGGCCUUCGGGGGCGUGGUCUACAGCGAGAUGAAGGGAGUGUGGGGUAUUGCUGCAGCAGCAGAAGAGCUGCAGCGGCUGCAGCAGCUUUUUCCCGCGCUGCAGACCUACGCACAAGUGGCUGGCGGGAGGCCCCCCGACAUCCCUCUGCUGCAGCAGGGGGCCCUCGCGGCUUUCCACAGGGCCCUCUACGUGCCCCGCAACGCCUGGAUUACCUUCUUCGGGGGCCCCCGCAGGGGCCCCCAGGGGGGCCCCCCCCUCGACUUCCUCGACAAGUUCCUCACCCAAAACAAAAUCUACUCUCCCCAACCCCCCCAAGUCGUCGGCGUCCAGCACUCCUUCAAGGCCCCCGUGUACGCGGAGUUCCCUUUCGCCUCUUUAGCAAAAGACCCCAAAGACCUCAUCAGCGUCAGCUGGGUACUAAAUCCGUGCCCUGCGCCCCCCUCGGGGCCCCCCGAGGGGGGCCCCCAGGGGGCCCCCGAGGCGGGGGAGUGCCCCGGGGGCCCCGGGGGCCCCGGGAGAGUGGCGCUGCAGGUGCUGGAUCAGCUGCUGCUGGGGUCUCCAGCAUGUUUGCUGCGCAAGGCUUUGGCCCAGAGCGGGCUGGGGCUGGCUGUGUAUGCCCCUGGGCUGGACUUGGAUCUGAAAUAUGCGCAGUUCACUGUGGGGCUGAAGGAAGUGCAGCAGCAGGAAGGCGCAGCAGCAGCAGUGGAGCGUUUGGUGCUGCAGACUUUGGAAGCAAUUGCUGCUAAGGGAUUUUCUGCUGCAGAAAUCGAAGCAGCUUUUAACAAGGUGGACUUCAGCUUGAGGGAAACUCCCCGCAAAGAGCUCCCCAGGGGGCUCAUCUUCUCCCAGCGCAUGGCCCAGGAACUCAACUACAACAGGGACCCUUUGGGGGCUCUCGAGUUUGAACAGGAUAUUUGGCGGCUGCGGGAGCGGCUGGCAGCGGGGGAAAAGGUCUUCGAGAAUAUGGUCAAGGAACUUUUGCUGGAGAAUCCCCACCGCGUGACUUUGCGCAUGAAGAGCAGCGCGGAAUAUGCAGAGCAGCAAGCAGCAGAAGAGAGAGCAGCACUGACAGCAGCAGAAAAGGAAAUGGGACUCGAAGGAAUUCGGCAAGUUGCCAGGGAACAUAAGGCCCUCAAGCUGCUGCAGGUGACCCCCCAAACACAGCCAGACUGCAGCAGCAGCGGCAGCAGUAGCAGCAGCAGCAGUUGCAGCAGCAGAACGGACGCCGGGAAGUAG